AUGCGUGAGACAUAUAAAAACCACAAUCCUACAUCAGCUUUAGGUAUAAUAGUUCGUCAAAUACAGGCUAUCAGCGGAUACUUUUACUUCAGGGAGAAGACAGGAAUGCUUAUUCCUGUGAAGAUUUGUGUGCUUUUGCUGCUUGUGUUGGCAGCAGUGAUCUCUGGAAGACCACAUAGCCGGUACACAAGAUCUCUUAUAAAGGAUUACUUCAAUCCUCUUCUUUAUUCGGACGAACAUUUUGAGAAGGGAGAUGAUGGUAAAUACUACUUACGUAAAAGUUCCCAUAGGUCCGACAGUGAAGUCCUAUAUGCGGAUGCUCAGACUCUGGAUAUAAAAGUUGAUAAAUCUUUGAAAGAUGAAAUUGCCAAAGAAACAGCUAAAGCUGCUUCAGAGAAACUGGACCCGAAAGUUCAGAUUUCUGAGGCAAAAUCCGAAGCAGGGCUAGCUGCCUCAACUGAAUAUAUUUCAAAAACACUAGAAGAUACAGCUCUUAUAACAAAAGAUAUAAAACUUGACGCAGAAGCAAAGAUCCUUGAAAAGCAGGAUGAUACGAAAAAUCUAAAAUCCGAAGUAAAAUCCGGCGAACUCAGCGCAGCGAAAGACGAAGAUGCAUUAAAGAAAGUAUCUUUGGUUCCGGUUAAACCAGAUUAUGGAGGAUAUUUUGCAAAACCCAAUAGCAAAGAUGACAAUCCGGAGCCCAUUCCAGUAAUGUCAAAGGAAUUACCUUCCGAUAUGGCAGCUGUGGAUAAAUCUAUUGAGGAGGGGCAUAAAAUAUCUAUUGGUCAGUUUCCUUUUGUAUAUCCAACUCUAGUGCCAGAAACUAAAGACUUAGGAAGUCCAGUUUUGGUACAUAAACUGUCUUAUGGCGCAGUCUCAUUUGUACCAGUUCCUCCUGCAGUUCACAUUUCAGACAGAUUACCUUUGCCAGAACCAGAAGUGGUAGAAGAUGGCUCUGAAAGUGCUGUAAUGGAAGAUGCAAUAUCUGAUGAAUCUCGUAAGAACAAAGUUGCCGCGCCAGAAAUUUCUUACCAUCUGGGCAGUCCUUUGAGCUUUGGUCUACCUUCACCGUUUUGGCCCUUUCACAGCAUAAUAAGAGAAGUUGAAGGGGACGAUGAUCUUGAAAAAAGAGACAAAUCUGAAAUCAUUGAACUAAUGGGAAAAAAAUUUCUCGCUAAAACUAAUAUCUUAAAGUAUCCUAGCAGCGAUGAUCAUCGCAUGUAUGUGAAACUCAUUUCCGUUAGACCUCUAGAAGAAUUUGAUCCAGAAUAUGUUAAACAGCUUACUACAGCUGAAGAUAAAGAAAAGACAAAAAUAACAAUACCUCAUAUAGAACCUAAAUUUGAUAUAGAAAACAAGUCGAAAGAAAAAACAAAAGAUAUUGAAAUUUUGAAAGAAAAAGAAUUAAAAACCAACACAGAAGUUAUAAAACAAGAUGUUCUGCCAAAAAAAGAUUUAAUUGAGUCCGAAAUAUUAAAAACGGAAGAAACCCAUAUUAAACCGAAGAUAGAAUUCCCAGAACUGAGCGAAAAGCCAUUAAUGGAUUCUGGAAUUCCCAAAAUGGCUGCCGAAGAAAUCAUCAGAAAAAAACUGGAAGAACGAGAAGCUGCAAAGGCAAAAGCUGAUGAAACUGAAGUAAAGGAAGCUCUGGAAACAUCUAAAGAAAUUUUAAAGAAGGAUCCCAAAAAAGUUAUGCUUGAAGAAGAAGAAAAAUUGGAGAAAGAAUAUGUGAAAGACAAAAAGAAAUCAUCAGAAAAAGAUGUAUUUAUUAAAAAAGCCGAAACGGAUUCGUUACUUAAGGAUAUAGAAAAAGAUAUUUUGCAUGAAAAAGUGGAAAAAGACAAGAGACUUAAAAAAACCAAAAAAGAUAUAGAAAAAGCAGAGAAGAGUGCAAUACCUGAAAUGAAGGAAAAAGAUACAUUGCCCCUAAAACCCGAAGAUGCAAUGUUAAAAAAGACUGAAGAAAAAGUAUAUGAAGAAGAAAAAGUCAAAAAUUCUAAAACUUUGGAAGAUGAAGAAACCUUUUUUAGUAAAAAAGAUGGCGUUUCAGAAGACUUGGAUAAAACAGCGGAAGAUCAUGUGGAUUACAAAAAGAAACUAGAUGCUGCAAAUUUAGUAAAAGAUGCGAAGGAAAUAAGCGAAAAGAAAGAAGCAGAAAAAGACAAGGCAAUUGUAGGUAAAGCUAAAGAAGAACUGGAAAAUCAUGAAAUAUCUUUUAGUAAAGAUAAAGCAAACAGCAUGAACGUAGAGCACGAUAAAGCUAUCGAAGCAGGCCUCAAAAGCAAACAAGAAGAAGAAAAGGCUAAACAUAAGGAGGAAGAAAUAGAAAAAAAGGCUGUGAAAAAUGCUUACGCAUUGGCUAUAGACAUGACAAAGAAAAAGGAAAUGGAUCUAGCUGAUAAAGAGGGUUUUCUUUUCGCUGAAAAGAAGAGGAAAGAAAGCGAAGACAGUGAAGAAAGUGAGUCGAAGGUGAAGACGAAAAAGGGUCGAAAGAAGUGCAAGUGUGAAGAAAGUGACUCUGAAAGCGACGAUGACUGAAAAGUCAUGUUUGUUUCAGAAUUUAUAACUAAAAUUUGGUUGAACAAUUCAAAAUUACAUUUUAUGUGGCGUCAUUUACUUGUUUGAGUGCAUACGAAAUGCUUUUGUACAGUUGCUUGAGUGACUAAUAUUUAGUAGGAAAUAAAUUCUACACAUAUUUCCCUCAAAAUGAUUUUUCAGUAACCGUUCUAAAUCCGGAAUCUAGUCUCUGAUGAAAACAAAAUGGAUUUAUUUCAGAAGAUCUAAUUUAGUUAGUUUAUAUUAAAAUUAAAUACUGUUCUGAAUGUUUGCGUGUUAAAAGCUUCUGCUAAUUACAGUAUUGAAAAUAAUGCAACCGAAAUGCUUUAUUUUUUUUAAAUUAUUGUGUUCUCUAAAAUAAAGAAGUUAAAACAAAA